AUGGACGGCAACCUAAAUGUGACACUUCAUCAACAAGACACCUCUUCCCACAUGGCUACACCACCAGACAACCGACAUGGCAGAACACCCCGCCUCCUCCACCACCACCAACUCACGGAUUGCUGGAGGGCACUGAACCCGAUGGCCGGCAACUACACCUUUUACUUGCAAACGCACACUUCAUACUCAAGACUCCAUUACUUCCUGGUCCCACACAACUACCUUACUUUACUUGUAGAGUCCGAAAUCUUACCCAUGACCUGGUCAGAUCAUAACCCGGUCCACCUACAACUCAAGUCAUACUUGUUCCGACCCCGCCAGUCAUCAUGGCGAUUGAAUGAAUCGAUCCUCUCCGACACUUAUAUAAUUGAGAAGGCCAAACAGGCCAUACAAGACUACUUCUCUGCCAAUGACAGAGACAUCCCAGUUUUUAGAAAUAAAAGGCUUACUUCCUGUGAAUUUCCAUUCCCUUAG